CGUAUUUCCUUUCAAAAAUUGAGUUUAUUUAGAUUCUGCACCUGCAUGUUAAGUGCCAAUGGAGUUUGAAAUUCUCAAUUAAAGAUUGGAAAAGACAAUCGGAGUUUAGCAACUAACACAAAAUUUCGUAACAAAUUUAAUAGCAAAAUUAUAGUAAACUUGUAUUUGAUAACGUGGAUAUAGUUGUUUGGAUAGAGUAUUAGCAAUAAAAAGUAGAUGCUUCAUUUCAUCCAGAGAACGAUGUUUGGAUUAAAAGGGCCAUCUGGGUUCUCAAGAUUCUCAACGGCCGAGGAAGUUACCCAAGGAAUUGAUGGAUCGGGUCUCACCGCCAUUGUUACAGGAGCCUCAAGUGGCCUCGGGACUGAAACUGCACGGGUUCUUGCACUUCGUGGAGUCCAUGUAGUUAUGGCUGUUAGGAAUACGUCAGCAGGAAGAGAGGUCAAAGAAGCAAUCCUAAAACAAAUCCCAUCUGCCAAACUCGAUACCAUGGAGCUCGAUCUCAGUUCCUUAGCAUCAGUAAACAAUUUCGCAUCGGAUUUCAAAUCCUCAGGUCUUCCACUCAAUCUCCUCAUAAACAAUGCAGGAAUAUUAGGAACCCCAUAUAUGCUAUCCAAAGACAACAUAGAACUCCAAUUUGCAACCAAUCAUGUCGGCCAUUUUCAUCUAACAAAUCUUCUACUCGAAACCAUGAAAAAAACUGCACUUGAAAGCAGAAAAGAAGGAAGAAUUGUUAACGUUUCAUCACGUAGACACCAGUUAUCUUACAGCGAAGGGAUUCGCUUCGACAAUAUCAACACCCAAUCUGGGUACAAUGCUUUAUCUGCAUAUGGUCAAUCAAAGUUAGCCAAUGUUCUUCAUUCUAACGAGCUUUCACGUCGCUUAAAGGAAGAUGAAGAUGAAGCACCCAUAACUGCAAACUCCGUUCAUCCCGGAGCAAUUCCCACCAAUAUCUUCCGCCAUCACACCUUCUUUAGAGGACUUACUAACGUGUUUGGAAAAUUGGUGCUUAAAACUGUGCAACAGGGAGCAGCAACUACAUGCUACGUGGCAUUGAAUCCGCAAGUGGAGGGGAUGAGUGGCAAGUAUUUUGGUGAUUGUAAUUUAGAGGAAGCAAGUAAAGAAGCUAAUGAUAGAGAAUUAGGAAAGAAGUUGUGGGAUUUCACUACACAUUUGAUCAACGAAAAUUCUACUAAUUAGUAAUUAAUCUCAAAGAUACAAACAUGGAAAACCUUGUUGAUAAUAAUCUUGCGAAAAGCGUAAUGUGUGUAAAAGUAUAUGCAAAAGCUCAUAUCAAUUUAUGUGACAGUUUUCAAGCUUGCAAUAUAGCUAAAAGUAAUAUCAACUUUCUUGAUUAA